AUGAAGGAGGAGGAGGGCGGCUGCAGCAGCCAGAAGCGGCGGGCGGGAUGGGAGUCGCUCCAGCCGGACCUCGUCCAUCUUGUUGCCGACUGCGUCCUCUCCACCGGCGGCGUCGACGAGUACAUGUCCAUGAGGGCCGUCUGCCCCACCUGGCGUUCUGCCGUCGCCAAGCCAUCUCCGCACGCCGCGGUCGCCGACCUCCGUUUCCGCCCACGGCAGUGGGUCUUGCUCAACGGGGCAGACGACGACCAAGGCCGGCCCCUCUUCCUCCACGUCACCACAGGGCGCUUCCGCCGCCUGCGCCUCUCGUUGCUCCAUGACUACAUCCUCGUCGGUGCAUCCGACGGUCUCCUCGUCCUGGGGGAUAGGGAGCGCCCGCAUGCCGCUCGUCUCCUCAACCCAUUGACUGGUGACAUGCUUCCCUUUGCGGCGCCGAUACCUCCGGGGUCUCGGGUGGCGACAACAAUCGCUCUCGCCGGCUCCGAACCAACGAUUAUCUUCUCAUUCCCACAGAUCCUCUGCAAAUACGUAUUGCUCGGUGGUAAUAAUGCAGUGGUUUACUCUGCUGAUCCCAUGGGCCAGCUCUGCGCGGUGAAGAUUCAUGAUGCUGCUUUGAAGGAGGAAGAGUCGUUCUGCCUCCGGAGCAUGGUCACCUGUGCAGGCAAUGUUUAUGUGCUCAGUUUGACAGGAAUGCUAUAUAAGAUCGUUUGGACCGGUGGCCUUUGGUAUGCGGAGAGGAUACUGGAGAUUGAAAUGCACUACACUGGUGCUCUCGUGGAGUCUGCUGGUAAACUGCUGGUUGUUAGAGUGGAUCUCGGAAUCACUGAAUUUUUCAGCGUGGACGUUGAGCGGAAGGUACUUGAACCACUCGAAAGUAUCGGCAGCUGUGCGCUCUUUCUAAGUUUUGGAAGGUGCAUGUUAGUUGACGCAGAUAAGGUUCCUUCCAUCAAGGGCAACUGCACUUACGGCAGUUUUGGUGGAAACAAGUUUUAUAACAUGUACACCAGGUAUGACCUCAGCGAUGCCAAGAAAGAAAACAUCACCGGCCCCCAGGUGCCUGGUUAUCUCUCAUGUUUGAUAGCUGAUAGUGAUAUCAUCCGUGAAGGUCCUUUGAGCCUUGCUCAGGUUGCCAAGCACCGGAGGGCACAAGAUGACCAAGCACCAGAUCCAUCUGUGCCGUUGAUCAACCAGGAUCCCAAUCCACCUCGGGAUCCUGCUCAAGAUUCAUGCCCCUCAGACCCGACCAACCAAGAAGCAACAAACCAUUGUGGACGAGGUGUCAUCACCUUCUCCGAGGCCUAA